UGCACUGCACACACAUCACUAUCAACGGAAUUCAUUUUAGCAAACAUCUCUCUGGGAUUCCGAGCAUAGAAGGCAAGUUUAUCGUCCCCAAAACAACCCGGAUACCUUGGCAAGUGCGUGUUCACUGUUUCGAGAGAAGUCGGUGCUGCCUCUGGUCCAUAUAGUCCCACUCUCCCGCUCGAAUGCAUUGCCCAAGGUUUUGAGGCGGGCUGAGCUGUGAGUGUAGUCAUAGGUUGAGCUGCAUGCCCCGGAAUUGCAGAAAAGUGCGGACAGAGCAGAAGAUUGUUCCCCGACUCAGGCAGCAUGCUGUCCGGUAGACCCACGGGUGGCAUGGCGCUUGGAAGCGAUUCGCACAAACAAUACCGAAUGGCGCUGGAUCAUUGCGCACGGUCAUAUUCUAGGAUUGCAUGAAGGAUAAAGAAAAGAGUUGAACAUGGUAAAAGGGCAUACAAUGAAUAUGGAUAAAGCCUCGUCUAAGGUCUCUGGAUCCAAAUGUCACACCACCUGGACGCUGCCCCGGGCGGGGACCAGCAGUGUGUGACGUUGACGGGUGUGUGGCGAGGAGAGGAGAGAAGGAGGCCCCGGACACGGUAGCUCUCAGCUGCGACUUGGCAUUAAAUUGGCCCAGGCUUGGCCCUGUGCUUUGAGGAGGAGCUGAGAUUGUGGAGCCCUGCCAUGGUCUAAUAUAUCAGCAUGGAUGGAGUCAGAGUCAGCUUCAGUCAGAGGACCUGCUCUUCCUAAUGCGACACUCUUUCUUCUUAAAGCUGAGGACUAACCAAUUACAGGGGGAUUAAGCCUAACCCUAUGGCUUCCUGUUCUACCACCCCGCGAAGAAGUGAACUGAGCAUUAUCAAACUAUUUUAGAGGACUUUCAUUUUUGUCUACUAUUUUGGGGGAUUUACUUCAUCGCCUUCAAUCCUUUUCCCUUUUUAAUACAUUUUAUUGUGUGUUGCUUUUUGAGGCCAUUCCCCUCCUUCUGUUUUUCCACUAUGGAGUUUCAGGUCAGGCUGUGGAAUAAAAAUUGGGGUUCAUUUCUGCGUUUCUGGUUGACAGUCCUCCUGAGCCUCAACUUGCACUUCAGCCGCCCCGCAGCCUCGUGCCCGGAGGAGUGCCGCUGCGACAAAACAUUUGUUUACUGCAACGAGCGGAGCCUGACAUCGGUACCUCUGGGGGUGACAGAGGGCUACAAGAUCCUCUACCUCCACAACAACCAGAUCAACAACGCUGGGUUCCCAUGGGAACUACACAAUGUGGCCUCCGUGGAGACGGUGUUUCUCUACGGCAACCAGCUGGAUGAGUUUCCUCUCAACCUGCCCAAGAACAUCCGGGUGCUCCACCUGCAAGAGAACAACAUCCAGACCAUCUCCAGGGCUGCCUUGGCCCAGCUUCCCCGCCUAGAGGAACUCCACCUGGAUGAUAACUCCAUCUCUACCGUGGGGGUGGAGGAGGGGGCGUUCCGGGAGGCCGUCAGCCUCAAGCUGCUCUUCCUCACCAAGAACCACCUGAGCAGUGUCCCCAUUGGUCUUCCGGAGGACCUCAAGGAGCUGCGAUUGGACGAGAACCGCAUCGCCAUCAUAGCUGAGGAAGCGUUUCAGAACGUGACGCGGCUCCAACGCCUAUUGCUGGAUGGGAACUUGUUGACGGACGAGGGCGUGGCCCCGGGGACGUUCCAGGAGCUGUCCACCCUCCGGGAGCUGGCGCUGGCUCGUAACUCUCUGACGUUCCCCCCACCCCUCCUCCCGACCCAGUCCCUGAUCAAGCUCAGCCUGCAGGAUAAUCAGAUGGACCAUAUUCCAGUGAUGGCUUUCUCCGACCUUCAGAGGCUCGAGAGACUGGAUAUAUCCAACAACCAGUUGCAGACACUGACACAGGGGGUCUUUGACGGCCUCAUCAGCCUCAGACAGCUCACCGUUCGGAACAACCCGUGGCGCUGUGACUGCACUGUCAAAUGGGUGGUGGUGUGGCUCAAGUCACUGCCAGGCGCCAUCAACGUGCGCGGGUUCAUGUGCCAGAGCCCCGAGAGGGUGCGCGGCAUGGCAAUCAGAGAACUCACCCUGGAUGCUAUCCAGUGCUCAGGCGGGACAGACCUCCAGCCUGACCUCUGGCCCACCCUGCGCUCUACGCCCCCACACCCCCAACUCCCCACCACCGCCUCCACCACCUUCCUUACCACUGCCAUGACCACUUCCAUCCCCAUCUCCACAUCCUCCUCUUACCUCACAUCGCCCUCCCUUCCCCCUGCCCUGCCUCCCCACCCCGCUGGACCCCUGCCCCCUUACGAGGAUCCCCUACAGAUAUCCUUCCACGUGGUCAACGCCUCCUGCAUUGAUGUGAGCUGGGCUUCCUACUUCACCGUUACGGCCUACAAGGUGACCUGGGUCAAGAUGGGCAAGAACCUAAUGAGCGACGUCAGCCGCGAGAGGACGCUGAGUGGGGACAGGCGGAAGCUAAGCUUGACCAACCUGGAGCCCAAGUCAGUGUACCGGAUCUGUGUGUAUGUACUGGACACCCUCAACUCCUACCGCCCAGGUGAGGAUACAAUAUGCUCAGAGGCCAGGACCAAGUCGGCCUCAUCCAACUCCAAUAACAACAAGGCCACAGGGUCAGAGCAAGCCCAACAGGACGCCCACUCCACCCUCCUUUUGGCCGGGGUGAUCGGUGGGGCCGUCCUGGUCGUCCUGGUAAUACUGCUGAGCCUGUUUUGUUGGCACAUGCACAAGAAGAGCCGCUCGGAGUCGUCCAAGUGGAAAUACAACCGGGGCAGGAGAAAAGACGACUACUGCGAGGCAGGUACCAAAAAGGAUAACUCUAUACUGGAAAUGACUGAGACCAGCUUUCAGAUAGUCUCGCUGAACAAUGAGCAACUUUUGAAAGGGGAUUUCAGGAUUCAGCCCAUCUACACACCCAACGGAGGCAUCGGCUUCAGAGACUGCCACCUCAGUGACAAUAGCUUAGCCUACUGCAAGAGCAGCAAUGUUCCCAGCACCGAGUUCUGCCACACGUGAUGCUUCUCACAGGAUAUUCCCACACUGGUUGUCUGACAGAAAGAAACAACAAAGUAAUUAAAUAUACUGUACCAUAUAUAUUUCCAAGUUCUGUCUACGAUGUAAUUUAUACUGUGGACAAUAAUGUGGAAUUCUAUCUGCAAUCUUUUUUAUUCUUAGUAAAAAAAAAAAGGAAUACAUAUGUUUUUUUUAAUCAGCGGGAUUUAAAUACAGUAAGUGGUUUUUGCUCAAGUAUUGUCUGUACAUAGAAAUUUGUACAAUAUGGCACGCUGGGUUGGUUCUGACGAAUGGUGUCCUGUCUGUCAGGUUUUUGGGUUGUUGGGCGCUAUGAGGGCUGGGAUUCUUUGCUAACCACAGAAGCAAAAAUAUGGCCUUUGUGCAGAGCCACCCCCUCACAGAAACACUAGGUAAGAUAACACAGUGGUCUGGGAAAACUAACACUGCUGAUUAGACUGCAGUGGAAAAUAAGCACUGGUGGUAUUUUUUUUAAGAAUCAAAGUGCACUUCCUAAUGCAACAGAGAGUGUAAGCAGCCAUUCAAAUGAGCUUUUUGUGGAAAUCCCAUCAGAGGAAUGGGCACACUUUUCAACACCCCCUUUUGCCCUCACAAGACUAAGUGAACACAUUUGAAUGUGGAAGGGAUGGGAGGAAGACUACCUUAACAGGACUAAGUGAACACUUUUCAAUGUGGUAGGGAUGAGAGGAAGACCACCUUAACAGGACUAAGUGAACACGUUUCAAUGUGGUAGGGAUGAGAGGAAGACUACGUGAACACGUUUCAAUGUGGUAGGGAUGAGAGGGAGACUACCUUAACAGGACUAAGUGAACACGUUUCAAUGUGGUAGGGAUGGGAGGAAGACUACCUUAACAGGACUAAGUGAACACUUUUCAAUGUGGUAGGGAUGAGAGGGAGACUACCUUAACAGGACUAAGUGAACACUUUUCAAUGUGGUAGGGAUGAGAGGAAGACUACCUUAACAGGACUAAGUGAACACUUUUCAAUGAGGUAGGGAUGAGAGGGAGACUACCUUAACAGGACUAAGUGAACACUUUUCAAUGUGGUAGGGAUGAGAGGGAGACUACCUUAACAGGACUAAGUGAACACUUUUCAAUGUGGUAGGGAUGAGAGGGAUAAUGCCGUCGCUGUUGGAUAUAGAUUUGCCUCCAAUGAUACAGGAGUUUUUUCUCUCCAGUUGUGGCCACUAGGGGGCAUGUUUACUCAGUCAGUGUAGAGUAGAGCGAGGUAUAGGUAGUCUAAGAGAUCCCUUACCUCCAGCAUCCCAUGAGUCCAUUACCUCAGAUGCAUUACAUUACUCAUUCUCAAAUGGCAUUGUUUAGAGUAUUAAUGGUCGCGGAGCUGCUUAUGGAAUCAUUUAAAAUGAACAGUGCUCAGCUCUGUUGUUCAGCGGCUAAAUGAUACAGAUAUUAUCAUGGCGGAGGUCCAUGAGGUUGUGUUGCGUGUCUUGUCUUUGCCGGGUGGUGUCUGCCGUGAUGAUGAAUGUGGAGGAGAUACACUCACAGUUAUACAUUCCUCUGCCUUUCUUAAGUCCUUUAUUGUUAAGUACUCAAAUGAAAAUUGAGUGAAUCAGAAUAAACAAUCAAGGCGUUUAUCUGUUUAUCUGCUUUACAAUGUGUUGAUAGGACUUUCCUACUGUAGCAUGUGAUGUGUUUUAUUGUCUACAUGGGAUUGACUACUCUAUUGAUUAAUUGAUUGAUUGGUUCGAGCUACACAUUCAUCAUCAAUUCCAAACAAUGUUGGCUCCCAGUUAGGAAUGCCUGGUGCCACCGAGGAGUCUUUGUUAUGCACUUCUUACUCAGACUUUAUUUGCUUUGACAAGAUUUUAUUUUGCAGACCGAGUUCAAAGAAUCCACUCCCCCCCUCUGCCCCGCUCAUAAUCCUCAUCCGAAAAAGGGAGAAAAUAUGCAGACAUUAUUUUUCACUUGGCCGUUCGAAUCACAAGCUGGGAGAGGGAGAAGAGUGCGAGAGAGAGAGAGAGGGGAAGGUCAAGUGACAAGAGUUAACCAUUCACAGGGCACCAAGUCAAUGGAUUAAAUACAGCGUAAAACCACGACAUUGCAUUGGUUUGGCUAGAAUUUGAAAGUAUCAAUAGGAAACACCAUUUUAAGGGUGGAAGGGUUGUCUCUCUUUGAAGAAUUGCCAUGCCAGUGCACAUCUGUCGUUAGUAAUAACUCCUUUAGUAGAUCCAGAAAUAGUAGGUGGGGAACUUAUGACGCAAUAGACACUAUAAUGCCAUUAUUCACGUUGAUGCUUAAGCUUUCAUGUGUGCUUUCAUAGGGUUUUGAGUCAAAUUUAUAUUCAUACAUCAGAAAUACAUUUGUGUCAUUUAGAAAUAACAGUUGCUCUUCUGUGGUUAUCAAAGUGUCUCCACUUUGUCUACGAACGUACACAUAUCUGUUUAUCAGCCUGUGUUAAAGCCCCACCAGCGGAAGCUGACCUGAAGUCAGUUUGAUACACAUUAGAAGUUACGUCCAAUAAACCCCACUGGCGUAAACUAACCUAAGGUCAGUUUGACACUGCUACAUGGCAAGUUAUGUAAAACAUCCCACCAACAUGUACUGACCUAAGGUCACACUGCUACAUGGCCGUAGUGCUUUAACAGGUUGUGUAUCCACUGAACACUUCAUCCUACCUGCCUGUGGCAAAGUCGGCCUGUCUGACAAUAAUCCCAUACAGCAAAGUAUCUUUAUUUUCAUUAGUGAUUAGGAUUUAAAUGUAAUGUUAGUCUUUCAGGCCAACCUGUUGCAACACUUUUCCCCAAAUUAAAGAAUGUUCCAAGAAGUGAUAGAGGUCCAUUUAUUGCCUUACUUUUAUGCAGUACUGUACCGGCUAACUGCACUUAGUUUGUUCAAGGACUUUUUCCAGAGAAGAAGCAAUUUAUAAACUGUGAAAGAGACAAUGACAGUAAUUGAAUAGUUACUGUAUGGAAAGCACAUAUUUUCAUAUUGGUGAAAAAAACUACGAGUGACAGACAGCAAUAGACCCAACACAUAAUUAAUGAAAGCCUGUUCAUUCGUAACGACGCCCUCGAGUGGUGCUGGGUAAUGAUACAAAGUGACUGAGAAGCCUUGUUGUUUGUUUGUGGCAGUACAUUACUCUAAAUUCCCUCCCUCAUUUGAAGAAAGUACACAAACGCAAUGGCGUGACCAAUGGAAUUAGACCGAACACAUUAGAGAAAGAGGGAGAAAGAGGGAGAAAAAAAGAGAGACUGCAACCUCUGUUUGUUACUGUUUCAGGCUUUGAUAGUAACUUCCUUUAAGCUCAUUCAUUCUCAUUGGAAUAAUUAUGUUAAAUCACAGAGGUCAAAUCAAAAUAAGCACCCAAGUGAAUCAAAUUGAAUACAUUUGAAGUUGUCUUUACACCUUGUAGACCAACAUAAAAGUCUUCAGAAAACUAGAAGUCUUCAGCAAACAAUUCAUGGGUGUUUGAGGUAAUUACAUUUUCUCUUACAGCUGCUGGGUCGAAUUAAUGGAAAUAAUAUGAACAACGACAGGUUAUUUGUUCAUGUAUCAUUUGACAGAAGAAAGUAUGCUGAAAAUGAACAAUGCAUGUCAUUUGGCUUGGGCUUCUCGGCUAUUAUGGCUUUUCAUUUCGACAUUGAGUUGUUUUGACUUUAACAACAUAAACUAAUAUGCUACUUAGGAACCAAAGUUACAUUUCUUUUCUCAUGAUAAAAUAUUGUUGUUGUCCCAUGUAUGUGCCUUGAGGUUAACUUACGAUGUAAAGUCCUUGAAACCUUUAAAUGUUUUUGCACAAAAUGUAAAUAUAGAAGUUAAGCUUUUUGCAAAUAAAAGAGCCAUUAUGUGA